AUGUUUCUGUACCCGUGUUGCAGGGAGAAGCUGGGCACACACAGCAGUGUGAAUAUCAUGCUUCCACAGGACGUGGCCAGACUCUUCCAGUCUGAGGGCGUGUUCCCGCGUAGGAUGACCAUAGAGGCGUGGUCCAAGCACAGAGAACUGCGCAACCACAAGCAAGGCGUGUUCCUUCUCAACGGGGAAGCCUGGCGCUCGGACCGGAUCAUUCUGAACAAGGAGGUUCUGAGUCUGGGCGGAGUCAGGAAGUUCCUCCCCUUCCUGGACGAAGUGGCCGCCGACUUUGUGACUUUCAUGAGGAAACGUAUGAACAAGAACACGAGGGGGGCGCUGACCGUGGACCUGUACGCCGACCUCUUCCGAUUCACGCUGGAAGGUCAGUGA